AUGGAGCCCACUAACAAGGAGCCGAUCUCCUCCUUCGAGGAGAUGGAGGUUCAUGAGAAAGCUGCCUUUGACGAUGUCAUUCGCCCGAAGGACUGCUACGCGCCGGAUGGUACCUACUGGGCGGACCUGCCUGUCAGCCAGCGUGUCAAUUUCUGCAUGGAGCAGGACCGUGCUGAGGCUAGCAAGGAGCUCAGUUGGCUCUGGGAGAUGUUCAAGAAUGAUCCUCUCUCUCCGAUUUCGUACUACUUCAAGAACUCCGUCCUCCCUGGUGCCGGUCUGGGUCUUGAGGGUUACGUUCUGUUCUCCAUUAGUAACAACUCGGCUCUAUUCAAUGUGUCCUACAAGGACUGCUGGAAGGGCAAGACUUGCGACAAGAACUGGAUUGCUGCGGUCAACUACAUGGAGGUUGCUGGUAUCAUCGUCGGACAAAUCCUCGUCGGUUUCUUGGGUGACUGGAUCGGUCGUCGCUGGGGUCUGAUCCAGGAUGCCGCUAUCAUGUUUGUCGGUCUUCUGAUGCUCACUGCCGCUUGGGGUCUCACCGAAAACGGCUGGGUUAUCUGCUACGCUUGGUCUCUCUUCUUUUACUCCAUCGGUGUUGGUGGUGAAUACCCAAUGACCGCCACUAUCGGUAUGGAGAACGGCUACGGGAACGGAAAGGUCACUACCUCCGAGGAUCGUCUGCACCGUGGUCGUUCCGUCGUCGGUGCCUUCCUGAUGCAGGGUUGGGGCCAGUUCGCCAAUCAGGCCAUCCUUAUCAUUCUGCUGCUGAUCUUCCACCACGGCACUGGCGCGUUCCCCAUCUCUACUACCGCUACACAGUGGACCUAUCGUGUGUCGUUCGCCAUUCCUGCCAUUGGCACCGCCUGGCUCGUCUACUACCGAACUUACCACAUGAAGGCCGCUAGCAAGCAGCUCGUCGCCCAGAAGAAGAAGUCUGCUGUUACCGGUUAUGAUACGGAGUCCCUGAAGCUCGUUUUCCGCCACUUCACUCCCCGUCUCAUUGCUACCGCUGGUGGCUGGUUCGCCAACGAUGUCUUCUUCUAUGGUAACAAGUUGUUCCAGAGCAAGUUCAUCCUGGUUAUCAGCCCCGAAAGCGCUACCAAUGUCACCACUGGCUGGCUGUGGAACCUGGUUAACAUUACUGUUGAGCUUGCUGGAUACUACUGUGCCGCGUGGUUCGUCGAUUCUAAGCUCUACGGACGCAAGUGGAUGCAAAUCGUCGGCUUCAUGAUGUGCUUCAUCCUCUUCGUUAUCCCGGCCUUCAAGUUCGAGUACUACCAGAAGCCCGCCAACAUCCAUUCUUUCCAGGCGAUGUACUUCCUGAGCUCGUUCUUCAACCAGUUUGGUCCUAACUGUAUCACCUUCCUCGUCGCCGCCGAGGUCUUCCCCACUCCCAUUCGUGGUACCGCUCACGGUAUCUCUGCUGCCUGUGGUAAGGUGGGUGCCCUGAUCAUCGCCAUCGUCGGCUCGUACACCACCGCCCAGCAGCAGUUCUAUAUUGUGCCCUGGUUCGGUCUUGCCGGCACCUUGCUUACCUGGCUGUUCCUCCCCGAUACCACCGGCCUGGAUCUGCGCGAGCAGGAGCGCCGCUGGGCAUUCAUUCGCCAGGGUCGGGAGGAGGAUUACCACGGCCCCGCCAUCCACUCCAAGCAUCUGUCUGUCUGGGAGCGCUGGACUGGCAAGGGCAAGCAGUAUGACGCCGAGCUGGACUACCAGAUGAAGGUCGAGGAGUUCCGCGCUGAGUGGGAGGCUGCUGUUGCUGCCCGUGGCGAGGAGCAGGACAACGUGCUGGAUGAUGUCGAUGAGAGCAUCCUGAACGGCACCAUGCACACCUACUUCGAGCGCACUAGCCCCGAGAUCCGUGGCAUGAAGAAGGAGAUCCAGGAGCCUGUUACCCUUCCCGCUGCUGCUUCCUCUGAGGAUCAGAAGACUCUUAAUUCGGAGUAG